GUUGGUGAUAUUGUGUAAAUUUAGCUACUUACUCUUUAUUUUGUGGUGUUGAUUAAAAUGGAAAGACAUUUAAGCAGGUCAUAUCUUUAUAUUUUCCUUAGAGGAUGCUAUUUUAUACUAUUGACCUUUGAAGUUAUGAAUGUAAGUUUUGGAAAUUCAUAUUUUUUAGUUUGGACUAUAACUUUGGGGAAUUGGACCAGUAGUUUAAUAUUACGUGGUGUUUGUAUUGACUUGUGAUUAGGCAUUGCACUCCCUUUAUUUAUUAGCCUACCGAGUUUUAAUAAUUUCAUCUAUAAUUGCCAUGUUAAUUAAUAGGGUCUAAAUGGGGAUCAAUUUGGGGCAUACAAUUUAAAUAACAGCUUGAAAGUUAAUACCAUUCUUCACAUUUUGUGAAGCAGAGUAGCAUUAGGUUUGUAUUAAAUACAAUAACUAAAUAUCGUUAAUGAUCUUUCUCGUCAAUAAUGUUAGUAAGAAUGUGAAGUUGUGGUCUAAGUUGAUUAUUUGCAGAAUAGUCGUUAGCUGUUACAACUUGAAAGUAAGCUGUUUAUACCCUUUAAACUUUUGCUACAAGGACACAUUGCACCUUGAAUUUUAAAAUUCAAUAUGCUUGCUUAAAAUUGUCAAAACUUUCAAGUUAAUUAUACAAAGAAAGCCUGUAUCAAUUUAAAUACUACCUUUUGAUCUUCUAUUUUAUGGUACAAGUUAUUUCAUCGACAAAUACCCUUAGAUGCUUGCCAACUUCUUGCAUCAUUUCAUCAUUCAAGAGACAUUUAGACUUGUGAAGACAGAUUUAAUUUGGAGAAAUCCAGUACAAUAGUUGUUGGCAUUUUCGUGGAAAAAGUUGCAUCGGGUAGAUACUGUGGUUAAUUGAGAUGUGGUUCUAGCAAUGAACACAUUGGUACUGUCGCAAAGUGGAAAGUGGAUUCAGUUGACGUUCCUGUACAGUUUCUUUUCUUGUUGCUCUAUUUCUGCCUAUAUAUCAAUCUAUAAGCCGUGGAAAUAGAAUAAAAUUUUGGCACAUUUUUUUAGAUUUGUGCUAUUAUGGUUAUAUGUAAGUGAUAAUGUUGCAGUAAUAUGUAACAUGGCUUGAGCACAAAUCGAAAACAUCUUAAUAUUGCUGAAUGGCACUUAAUUUCAUAAAUUGCUGAUUGUAAUUCAUUUGGAACCUGUGUUAACUUAUUAGUCACUUGAACAGGUUUGUAACCACUUUAUUUUUGGGUUUCCUCCGUACUGGGAAGAAUAUGCUGACAAGUGCAUGGCUGAAAAUUCUCCCUCUAAGAAUGUUUCAGAACAUAUUCUAAUGAAAUUAUCUCCUCAGCCAGAAACAGUAGCAGGUACUGGAGAUUCUAGAAACAAUAUAUCUGAACAAGAUGAGAAGUUUGUAUGCAAAGAAGCACGUGUAGACAGUCUCAACAGGGAUCUCAGAUUGACGCUGACCUCAAAGGAGGACAAAAUGGAGAUCAAGAGCAUACUAAAAAGCAGAAAGAGAAAAUAUUCAGCUGUCAGUUCAUCCCAAAAGCCUAGCAGUGGUACUGAUGACUAUCUGUUUGGUCUUGAUACUUCAAGUGCGUCCAGCAUUGGUCCUGGAUGUCCGAAAAAGAAAUCUUCUUCUAGAGACUGCACUAUUGAAAAUGCCAAGACUUUGGAUAUAUCUGGAAAUUGUCUUGUCCAGCAGUUGUCAAAUAUGGUUGAAUUUGCAAAGGGUAAGAACUCUUCAGAGGGGAUUUUAGGUCAUUCUGAGGCUGGAGUGUCAUGUUCAACAAGGAAAUUGGUGAAGAAACGAGAGGAUUAUCAAAUGUCACUGAGGACCUCAGGAUAUGGAAAAAUCGGGUUAAAUUCUUUUUCAGUAGUUGGCUCUGAGAAAGCAGAACACUCCAUAGCGAAUGUCAAUUGUGAACUUGGAAGCAGAACUAAUUUGCACUUCGCAGCUGUGGGACUCAAGGUAUCCACAGAUGAAACAAAUUCAAGCGAGUUAGAUGCUGACUCUGUUGAUAAAUUUGGACAUAAGAUCAUGGAUAAAGAAUAUCCCUCUGAGGAUACUGUGCAACGUAAUCUGGCUCUUCGAAAGUUAUCCCCUCGAUUGGAAACGGUGGUAGGUGAGGAAGCACGUGUAAACAGUCACUGGAGGGACUUGGGAUCGAUACAGGACAAAAUGGAUUUUGAAGGCAUGCUUGAAAGCACACAGACAGAUUCUUUAACUGUUCUUUCUCCCCAAAUAGCUAACAAAGUAGUUAAAGAUGCUAAGAACAAGCUUCAUGUUAUUGAUACUUCGAGUGCUUUCCCAAUAUCUUCUGGAGGUCCAGAAAAGGAAUCUUCUUUUGGAGACCAUGUUAUUGAAAAUCCAAGAACUUUGGAAAUGUCUGAAAAUUAUCUCGGUAACAGAAUAAAAGCUUUGGCGUCAUCAAUGUUAGGGCAGAAGAUCACUGCUUCAACUAUAGUUUACAAGGAUGCAAGCAGUUCCGGAAAUCAUGAGAUCAUGGAUUACCAUUCAUCUAAGAUGAUUGAGGAUCAUGCAGAAAGGAACCCCAUCUCUGCUUGUCAUUUAAAUAAGAAAAGCAGAUGCAAGAAUGCCUUUGAUAACCAAAAAUUAGUGAAAUUAGAUGAGCAUUUGUCCAAUAAAACUAGCUUUAGCGAGGAUAUCAGCUCUUCAGAGGAGGUUUUAAACCAUGCCGAUGGUAGAGCAUUAACACGUUCAAUGAGAAAUCUAGAAAGGAAAUGGAAGGAUGAUAAGUUAUCUCUUAGGAUAUCAGAUGAUGGGGAGAUAAGUUCAGAAUUCGUUUCUGUAGUUGGCUUUGGCAAAGCUAAAAGUGAUAUAGCCAGUGCUGAUGGCGAACCAGGAGCCAGAAACAGCCUGAAUUUCGCAGCUAAUGGAUGCAAAGAGCCGACUGAUGCAACGAAUUCCGAGUCUUAUGUAAAUCAACCUAAGUUUGACCAAAAGGCCAAGCCUUCAAUUCAGGAUAAGGACUGCAGAGCCUUUAUAACUAAAGCUAGCACAAAAAAGGGUAAAAAUAGAGGAAAGUCAUCCACUAGGUCUGCUGCUCCAGAUAAUGGAAGGAAGAACAAUGCAAUUGGUAGUCUAAAUAACAUCUCUAGAAAUGCUAAAGCAUCCAGGACAGAGGCUAAAAGAAAAUUGACAUAUGACACUCCAGAGAAAGGAAAGGAGAAAGUUUCUGUUGAUUCUCCUCAAUAUUUCAGUUUUAACAGAUCAAGAUCAGGGAGAUUGCUUAUGCCUACCUUGGAAUUUUGGCGUAAUCAGAGGGCGAUUUAUGAUGCGGAUCGUACUGUUACUGAAAUUGGGGAAGGCCUGCGCCUAGGGCAGCAGCCAAUUAGAGGGGGCAAAUUCGAGCUUAAAAGAGUUCAAGCCCACUAAAUGAACUCAUGCUUUCAAGCAGCUAAUGUUUCUGCAUCAUCACAAGGAUCCUUCUGUAUUGUUCAAGGGAAUAGAUUAGAGUUACUGAACUCAAAUUUUUAGCUGCUCUGCAUUCAAUUACAUGAAUCUUUUUUAUUCCAGAGCAGGUUGCCCUUGCUGGUCGACACGCUUCCAAGCGAGUUGGAUUCUUGAUCGAAGAAGCUUGUCGUGUUAAUAUAACUGUAACCAUAUGUUUUUGUAACGUAAAUUCAAGUAUUCUGUGGACUUGAAUUGAAUACUAGGUCUAACAAUUUGAAGUUGAGUACUUCUUGGUAUUUAUUUUUA